AUGAACCGUCUGAUCGGGGAGCUGAGCGGCACUGGUAUUGGAUGCCAUGUCGAUGGUGUCUGUGUCAACAAUAUCAGUUACGCUGAUGAUAUGGUGCUGUUGAGCCCAUCGAUUGGUGCGCUGCGACGUCUGGUGAAAAUAUGCGAGACCUACGCAGAGGCUCAUGGGCUCAGAUACAAUGCAUCCAAAAGCGAGUUCAUGGUGUUUAAUACAGGUGCUAAAAGCUACCUAAAUGUGCCUGAUAUAACGUUAUGUGACUCUCCAUUGAAAAAAGUGGAUAAGGUGAGGUAUCUGGGCCAUUGGGUCUCUGAUAAUUUGUCAGAUAAUGUAGACAUAGAAAGGGAGCGCAGGGCGCUGUCUGUUCGCUGUAACAUGUUGGUCCGCAGAUUUUCGCGUUGUAGUGAACAAGUAAAGGCGACGCUUUUCAAAGCGUUCUGCCAGUCGUUCUACACGUGCGGUCUGUGGGUCAGCUUUACGCAGCGAACUUAUGGAGCUCUGCGUGUUCAAUAUAAUAACGCAUUCAGGAUGCUGUUCGGACUGCCGCGUUAUUGCAGCGCCUCAUUAAUGUUUGCAGAGGCGCAAAUUAAUUGCUUCUACACCAUCAUGAGGAAACGUUGCGCCUCCUUGCUGCGCCGAGUGCGCGCCAGCUCGAACAGUAUCCUGAGUGUAUGGACCGAUCAAGUGAAAGACUCGUCGUCAUCCAAGCUUUACACAGUCGUAAGGGAAGCGCUGGACAGAAACCGGUGGAGGCAGAUCGUCCGCUCCAGAUGCAAUCCUCAUAUUGACCACGAUCCUCAGAUAUGA